AUGAAAUUUUUCUGGAUUUUCGCAAUGAUUUUGGGUAGGUUUUUGGAAUGCCAGAUUAAAAAAAAAAUUAAAUUGGUUUCAGGCUUUGUCAGCUCGCAGAGCACAAUUGCAGGCUCGAGUUCUUCUGAAUCAGAUUCGGCUUCGAAUUCCGAUUCCAGCUCAUCUUCUUCAGAAUCUGGAGAAAUUGAGGUAGGCUGCAAAAUUACAGCUGAAAAACCAUGCCGCAAAAUUGCAAACUAAUUUCAGAUCAUCGAAAUCGAGGGAUCUGGCGUGAGCUUGGAAACUUUGCAAUUGUCAAACUUUGGAAUUUUGCCCGGACCAGGAGAUAAUCGCAAAAAACGUCAACUUCCAUCGGCUUUCGACAUCCGAAAAUAA